AUGGCGCAGGCACUGGGCGAUGCAAAGACAAAUGCAAGUUACAAGAGUCCCGGCGCACGACGUGCUUUCAUAGUCCCGGACUUCGCGCAGAAAUUGCUUCCUGGGGAAGCUGUCUUCAAGGUCAGCGGCAAAGGCUACAUUGAAGGCGAGGCUACCAUUGCUCGCAACCCAUGUACGGCACCAUGGGAUGUCCAAAGGGUACGCCUGUUGAGCAACAUCGAGGUUCUGCACAGAUUCGGCGGCUACCCGACAUGCUUGCACGACAAUGUGCUGCUUGCCCAUGUCCUGGCUGGCGGAGAUUACGAUGGCGACACCGUCCUUAUCCUCACCGACGCAUCACUGGUUCAGCCUUUUAAGGACUCUGCUUACGAGCAUGCCAGAGUUAGCGAGGUACACGAUACCAUAAAGAAGCUUGUUCCUUCGGUGGACUGUCACUCGACCGGGUCAGAGUCGCCCUUCUGGAACAUCUGCAAAGCAGCCGCCGAAGCCUUGAAGAAGGACGUGGUGGUAGGCGGCCUUGCAAACCGCUGGCACUUCCUGGCAGAUGAACUUGGAGCAAGACACGAAUCUGCUGUCAAGGCUGGCCUAGCGCAUCAGCUUGCUCUCGAUGGCGGCAUCGACAGCAGGAUUUCUAUGCGGCAACUCACCACGGCUUUGAACUUGCCCGAUCAUAAGGUUCCUCACUGGCAUCGGUCUGCGACGCGGGGCAACGUCGUUUAUUCGAGAAGUGUUCUUGGAAAGCUUUACACGGCUCUGGACACCGAAAAAUUACACGACAAAUACCGUGUGCAUUAUGGCAACGUUCAUUUGUACCAGGCCGUCUUGAAGCCGCACACGAUCAACUUCGAGUCGUUCCAUAUCAAAGUCGAUAUGGACGACAAAUUACGGGCCUUCAUGCCGGAUGCGCAGAGGAUUCUUCGAGGGUUUUACCAGAAAAGCCAGGAGUGCCGCGUCACAAAAAGGUGGGAUGAUCUUGAUGCUUUCUCCCAGUCAGAGCUUCGCCGCUGCAGCGAUCAGCCGCUUCUGGCAGCCGCCAUCUAUCGUCAGCAGUGUGAUGACUUCCUGAAGAGUGCCGCUGACAAGAACUUGAGAGAUUACCUUCAGGUAGAGCUGGCAUUGGAACCUGCAUGGAGGCUUUGUCCGAGGCAGCUGUGCGAAUACUUUGUGAAAUACGUGGUGAAGGACCCUUAUCCAAUGAGCGCGGCAGUCCGACCGAAGCUCCGCUACAAACCAGCCAAACGGAGCGAUGCUCCGUAG